UCCUUCCCCUUCCCUUCUCCCUUUCCCUUUUUCUUCUCUCCUCCUCGCUCCCCGGUCGCCCCGCCCGCACUCAGCCACGGCACGCACCCGAUGCCCGCCGCCCGGGGAUGGCGGCCACCCCCAGCCCGGUUCCGUUCGGCCCGGACGGCGGCACAGGGCAGCGUCCGGCCCGGGGGGGGCAGCCCCGCCGGGGGGCACCCGCGGCGGCCCCGGCUCCCGCGGCGGGGCUCGGCUGCCGCUCGGGGCCGGUGCGCGCUUUCCCCGUCGGCCGCUGCCUUCGCACCUCGCCGGGUCCGGGGGCGGGGGGGGGCGGCGGGUCGGCCCUGUGCCCCCGGGAAGGGCGCCCGCCCCGGCCCGCCCGCCCGCCCCGCCGCGGCCCCCGCCUCGCCCUCACCUCUGAGCUGGUCUCGUCGGACCCGAGAUGGACAUUAACGCCGGGGAGCCGAGUGGCCGGACGGGCGAUGCAUGUGGGCCAGACCCAAACACACGCUGGCCCCCCGCACCGGACCCCGCGGAGCCUCCAAAUAUCUCCCGGCUGAAGUCACCGGCCCGACAUACCGUGGGCUGCGCGGCCGCCGGCGCAGCCCCGCGGC